CCCCCUCCAGCCGGCCUGCGGGGCACCGCCAGUCAGUCCGGGAGCAAGCGCCCCGCGCGGAGCCGGCGCGGGCUCGGCUACUGGCGCGCCGCCUCCCGGGGGCUGGGCUCGGGGCUGCCGGCGGAGGGGCAGCCGGCGGGACGCGCGCGGCCACGGCCACGGCCGGCGGCUCGGACCGGAGCCGGGGAAGGACAGCGGCGGCACCCGCUGGAACGGAGGGCGGAUUUGGGCUCGGCGGACGCGCCCUCCGCUCCCUCUUGCAGCAGCGCCAGACGCCUCGUGGGAUCAGCGGCCGGGCCGGGAGACCAGGACCCUCUCCCCUGGCCCGAGGAGCCCCGGGAGUUCGGACUCGUGCAGCCGUUGGCACUUUGGCAGACUGGUUCUGUUUCUCUUCGCCUUGAACCCAAAGAUCCCGACCGCCCUCCGCCCUCGCGCGCCCACCCACGGCCGCCAAGGAGCGGCCCGGCGCGCACUCUGCAACAUGAGACUUGGGAUCGGCCUGGCGACUUUGGCCGGACUUUUGCUAACUGCCGCCGGGGAGGCGUUUUCAGGAGGUUGCCUCUUUGAUGAGCCAUAUAGCACCUGUGGGUAUAAUCAAGCUGAAGAUGAUGACUUCAAUUGGGAGCAAGUGAACACCUUGACCAAACCAACUUCUGAUCCAUGGAUGCCAUCAGGUUCUUUCAUGUUGGUGAACACAUCUGGCAGACCUGAGGGGCAGAGAGCCCACCUCCUUUUACCGCAGCUCAAAGAAAAUGAUACCCACUGCAUUGAUUUUCACUAUUUUGUGUCCAGCAAGAGUAACUCUGCUCCCGGGUUACUCAAUGUCUACGUGAAGGUCAACAAUGGGCCUUUGGGGAACCCUAUCUGGAAUGUAUCUGGAGAGCCAACCCGCACAUGGAACAGGGCAGAACUGGCCAUUAGUACUUUUUGGCCUAACUUUUAUCAGGUGAUUUUUGAAGUAAUAACUUCUGGACAUCAAGGCUACCUCGCUAUUGACGAAGUGAAGGUGUUAGGACAUCCAUGUACCAGAACCCCCCACUUCCUGAGGAUUCAGAAUGUGGAAGUGAAUGCCGGCCAGUUUGCCACUUUCCAGUGCAGUGCCAUCGGCAGGACCAUGGCAGGGGACAGGCUCUGGUUGCAGGGCAUUUAUGUACGAGAUGCUCCUCUGAAGGAAAUAAAGGUGACUAGCUCCCGACGAUUCAUAGCUUCAUUUAAUGUUGUGAAUACAACAAAACGAGAUGCUGGAAAGUACCGCUGCAUGAUUCGCACAGAAGGAGGUGUUGGCGUAUCAAACUAUGCUGAAUUGGUAGUUAAAGAACCACCUGUUCCAAUUGCUCCACCUCAGCUGGCCUCAGUGGGGGCAACCUACCUGUGGAUACAACUCAAUGCCAACUCCAUCAACGGUGAUGGGCCCAUCAUUGCUCGAGAAGUGGAAUACUGCACAGCAAGUGGGAGCUGGAAUGACCGGCAGCCAGUGGACUCCCCGAGUUACAAGAUUGGGCACCUGGACCCGGAUACGGAGUAUGAGAUCAGCGUGCUCCUCACCAGGCCAGGGGAGGGUGGCACUGGAUCUCCUGGGCCAGCCCUCAGAACAAGAACGAAGUGUGCUGAUCCCAUGCGAGGCCCAAGAAAACUGGAAGUGGUAGAAGUCAAAUCUCGACAAAUCACUAUCCGCUGGGAGCCAUUUGGAUAUAAUGUGACUCGUUGCCAUAGUUACAAUCUCACAGUCCACUACUGUUACCAAGUAGGAGGACAAGAACAGGUGCGAGAAGAAGUAAGCUGGGACACAGAUAAUUCACACCCUCAACAUACGAUCACUAACCUCUCACCAUAUACCAAUGUUAGUGUGAAACUCAUCCUCAUGAAUCCGGAAGGAAGGAAGGAAAGUCAAGAACUCAUAGUACAGACAGAUGAAGAUCUGCCAGGUGCUGUUCCUACUGAAUCCAUUCAAGGAAGUACCUUUGAAGAGAAGAUAUUUCUUCAGUGGCGAGAACCAAUUCAAACAUAUGGUGUCAUCACUUUAUAUGAGAUCACUUACAAAGCAGUCAGUUCCUUUGACCCGGAAAUAGACUUAUCCAAUCAAAGUGGCCGAGUUUCAAAACUGGGAAAUGAAACCCAUUUUCUGUUUUUUGGACUGUAUCCGGGGACAACAUACUCCUUUACCAUCCGAGCUAGCACAGCCAAGGGUUUUGGACCUCCAGCAACAAAUCAGUUUACCACCAAAAUAUCAGCACCCUCUAUGCCGGCUUAUGAACUUGAGACCCCUUUGAAUCAAACUGACAAUACAGUGACAGUCAUGCUGAAGCCUGCACAAAGCCGAGGCGCGCCUGUCAGUGUCUACCAAAUAGUUGUUGAGGAAGAACGUUCUCGAAGAACUAAAAAGACAACAGAAAUCUUAAAGUGCUACCCAGUGCCAAUUCACUUCCAGAACGCCUCUAUCCUGAACUCACAGUACUACUUUGCUGCAGAAUUCCCAGCAAACAGCCUGCAAGCAGCUCAGCCUUUUACUAUUGGUGAUAACAAGACAUACAAUGGAUACUGGAACACUCCUCUUCUCCCCCAUAAAAGCUACAGAAUUUAUUUCCAAGCUGCUAGCAGAGCCAAUGGGGAAACCAAAAUAGACUGUGUUCGAGUGGCCACAAAAGCUGCGAUAAUCGUGACUCAGCUUACAACACCUUACAUUCGCAUCGCCCCUGCCGCAGGCGAGGACCAGCUGACAGGAGCUGCUACUCCAAAACCUGUCCCAGAACCUGAGGAACCAACAGACCAUACAGUUAAAAUUGCUGGAGUCAUUGCUGGCAUCUUGCUGUUUGUUAUUAUAUUUCUUGGAGUUGUGUUGGUAAUGAAGAAAAGGAAACUCGCCAAGAAGCGGAAGGAGACCAUGAGCAGCACGCGGCAGGAGAUGACGGUGAUGGUGAACUCCAUGGACAAGAGCUAUGCCGAGCAAGGCACAAACUGCGACGAGGCAUUCUCCUUCAUGGACACCCACAAUCUGAACGGGAGAUCUGUGUCUUCACCAUCGUCCUUUACAAUGAAAACAAACACACUGAGUACGUCGGUGCCUAAUUCCUAUUACCCAGAUGAAACCCACACGAUGGCCAGUGACACCAGCAGCUUGGUGCAGUCGCACACGUACAAGAAGCGCGAGGCAGCCGAAGUGCCCUACCAGACGGGGCAGCUGCACCCUGCCAUCCGGGUAGCAGACCUGCUCCAACACAUCACGCAGAUGAAGUGCGCCGAGGGCUAUGGCUUCAAGGAGGAAUACGAGAGCUUCUUUGAAGGGCAGUCUGCGCCAUGGGACUCUGCUAAGAAAGAUGAGAACAGAAUGAAGAACAGAUACGGGAAUAUCAUUGCAUAUGAUCAUUCCCGGGUGAGGCUGCAGACCUUAGAAGGAGACAACAACUCAGACUACAUCAAUGGGAAUUAUAUCGAUGGCUAUCAUCGACCCAAUCAUUAUAUUGCUACCCAAGGGCCCAUGCAGGAGACCAUCUACGACUUCUGGAGGAUGGUGUGGCACGAAAACACGGCGAGCAUAAUAAUGGUGACCAACCUCGUGGAAGUGGGCAGGGUCAAAUGCUGCAAAUACUGGCCAGACGACACAGAGAUAUAUAAAGACAUUAAAGUUACCUUAAUAGAAACAGAACUACUGGCAGAAUAUGUAAUAAGAACAUUUGCUGUUGAAAAGGGAGGGGCCGGAGGUGAAGCAAACUGCAGUCCAUCCAGAGAAGUGUCACAGAGAGGCGUUCAUGAAAUCCGAGAGAUCAGACAGUUUCACUUCACUGGCUGGCCCGAUCACGGGGUCCCUUACCAUGCCACAGGGCUGCUGGGAUUCGUCCGGCAGGUCAAAUCGAAGAGCCCGCCCAACUCAGGCCCAUUGGUGGUGCACUGCAGUGCUGGUGCCGGGAGGACCGGCUGUUUCAUCGUUAUCGACAUCAUGCUGGACAUGGCGGAAAGGGAAGGGGUGGUGGACAUCUACAACUGUGUCAGGGAGCUGCGGUCCCGGAGGGUGAACAUGGUGCAGACGGAGGAGCAAUAUGUGUUUAUCCAUGAUGCCAUCCUAGAAGCCUGUCUUUGCGGCGACACCUCCAUCCCUGCUUCCCAAGUUCGGUCUCUGUAUUAUGACAUGAACAAACUGGAUCCACAGACAAAUUCAAGCCAGAUUAAAGAGGAAUUCCGGACCCUGAACAUGGUCACGCCGACACUGCGUGUGGAAGACUGUAGCAUCGCACUUCUGCCCCGGAACCAUGAGAAAAACCGGUGCAUGGACAUCCUGCCUCCGGACCGCUGCCUGCCUUUCCUCAUCACCAUCGACGGGGAGAGCAGCAACUACAUCAACGCCGCUCUCAUGGACAGCUAUAAACAGCCUUCCGCUUUUAUAGUCACCCAGCAUCCUUUGCCAAACACGGUGAAAGACUUCUGGAGACUGGUCCUGGAUUAUCACUGCACGUCUGUAGUUAUGCUGAAUGAUGUGGAUCCGGCCCAGUUGUGUCCACAGUACUGGCCAGAGAACGGAGUUCACAGACAUGGCCCCAUCCAAGUGGAAUUUGUUUCUGCUGAUUUAGAAGAAGACAUCAUCAGCAGGAUAUUCCGUAUUUAUAAUGCAUCCAGACCCCAAGAUGGAUAUCGGAUGGUGCAGCAAUUCCAGUUCCUGGGCUGGCCGAUGUACAGAGACACGCCGGUGUCCAAGCGCUCCUUCCUGAAGCUCAUUCGCCAAGUGGACAAGUGGCAGGAGGAAUACAAUGGCGGGGAAGGCCGCACGGUUGUGCACUGCUUGAACGGGGGCGGCCGCAGCGGCACCUUCUGCGCCAUCAGCAUCGUGUGCGAGAUGCUGCGGCACCAGCGGACCGUGGACGUGUUCCACGCGGUGAAGACGCUGCGGAACAACAAGCCCAACAUGGUGGACCUGCUGGACCAGUACAAGUUCUGCUACGAGGUGGCCCUGGAGUACUUGAAUUCCGGCUGACGGCAUCACAGCUCUGCAAGCUGGCCUUUCGUCCCACAGAGCCGAGAGCGUCCAAGGCAUUUGUGAAGAUGAGAUCAGGGCUCUCGAUGUGCUUAUUUUGCUUUGCAGCACUGGCUCCUUUUAAGAGCCUGAGGAAGUAUGUAUAAAACUGCUUGCACUGCCCAGUUCCCAGUGAGGCUGCUGCCCGACAGGAAGCACGCACGGCCUACAGUCAUCCGAGACUGUGCUCCUAGGCGUCCGCCCGUCAGUGCAGCAUAGACGGCUGGUACAUGGAAGAGCACAAUUAUAUUCUUAUGAAGGAAUUUGUACCUUUUGGGGUAUUAUUUUGUGACCCGUGAACCUUUGUUAUUGUUACAGCUGAGUGUACAUUUUUGUUCUGUGGAGAAUGCUACCUGGCAUUAUGAUAAUAUAUUAUUUUAGUUAAUAUUUGUAUUUUAACAUGUUGCACAAUAUAAGCUUAUGUAGCUUUCCAAGACUAACAGAUAAACAUAUAAUGAACAAAGAUAUGUUGUAUGAGUUGUUGUUUCUAUCAGAUUUAUAUUGUUUCUAAGGGAAAAGCUUGGGAGGAAUUCAGCUCAAAAUGCAAAGCUCAGCGAUCAGAUUCACAGAUCGAAAGCUUUUCCACUUGUUUAUAUUGUAAAUACUUUUGAUUUCAUCAAAUUAUUUAUUCAUUAAAAGAAAUUUUUGUGAA